AUGGCAGGGAAGUGUCCGGCUGCCUUUCCGCUGCUGGUGCGCGGCGACUGGGGUCCUGCCGACCCGACGCCCGCCCUGCAGAAGAAGCUGCUCUGCUACUUCCAGAGCCAGAAGCGCUCGGGCGGCGGCGAGUGCGAGCUGCGGGCUGCUACCGGCACCGGGCAUCUCCUCGUCUUUUUCGCCCGCCCCGACGUGAGGCAACGAGUUCUUGAGAGAUCGUGUCAUAAGCUGUGUUUGGGAAAAAAAGGAGAAUUGAAGUUGAUUGUCACAGAUCCUGAAACAGCUGCUAAAGAAGAGGCAUCAGAAGAAAAAAUAGCUCCCAUUAAGGCUUUGGAUGCCAUGGGCAACCGUCAAACUAAAGAACAUCAGGAGAAAGCUCUUCAAAAAGGAGAGAGUUUUGUUCCAAACAGUGAACUCCAGGAGGAAGCUGGUUCUGUGGAGAACAUUGCAGAAAAGUCUGCAGUGACCUCAGCUUCAGUAGUUUUUGAAAAGAUAGAAGGUUGCAGUCCAGAAUGCUUAAGUAUGCUGAUAGAGAACAUCAGCGGCCUGGCAGUAGGUGAUGGCUUCACCAUGGAAGUGAUACCUGCAAAAAAUGUUGCUGUAGCUACCUUUACAAAAAGUAUUGAUACUGCAGAAUUUGUGAACAAAUGCUCACAAAGCAAGAGACUUAAAGAGUUCCAGAUGACUGCCAGGCUUCUGGAACUGACCCAGAGCAUCAAGGCUGAAGAGGUACCAGCCAGCGUUUCCACAGACUACAUCACAGUUUACUUUGAGAACGCACAGAAUGGAGGGGGGCCAGUGGCAGAUGUCCAGCUCUUGCCUAAGGAGAAAUCUGCCAUCAUUACUUUCUGUGAUCACAAAGAUCUAAAGACUGUCUUGGAAAAGCAGCAUUUACUAGAACAGACACAGAUUUCUGUGCAUCCAUAUUACCACUCCUUGGGAGAAGCUCUCUAUGGAGCAUCAAGACCAACUAAGAAGAUGCCAGACCCCUUUGGGGUGCCACUAGAUCCGUAUGUCUGGCAGUUUUUGCAAAGGCAGGCUACAUUGAUUCAAGACAUAAACCAGGAGAUGGCAGUUUGCCACUGUGAGCUAAAAUGGCCCCAGGCAGACUGUGAACACCCAGAAAUUAUGUUGUGCCCAUCAUCAUCUCUCUCCAAGCAGAAAAAGUCAACGACUAAGUUGAUCAAGACAUGGAAGCAAAAUGCUUCUGCUGAGUUCUCACGUAUCAUGGCACGUUACAUAGCUAUAAAAUGUAAAGCAAAUUCAGUGAAUUGGGAAGAUGUGAAAAACAGACUGGCCAAAGAUGCUACUUUGAUCAUAACUGAUAUUUCUGAGGAGACGGUGGUGAUUGCAGGCAUCAGAGAAGCUGUGGACAGUGCAGAGAAAGAAAUGAGGGAAAGCAUGGAAAAAGCCAUGAGACAAAGUGAAAGGGAAAAACUAAACCUAGAAAUUUCCGUGCCUGUGACCCCAGGGAAGUAUGCUGUUCUGCACAAUGCUGGGCUAGAAGACAAUAUUCAUGAAGAAUAUCCGUACUUAAAGAUCUUUUAUGAUGAUGUAAAUAAAACUGUUCACUUACAUGGGUUACUUUCAGAAGUAUAUAAAGUCGAAGCUGACUUACUGGAGAAGCUGUGGAAUAUCCCAUGUACAUCUGUUACCACUGAUCCCCUUGUUUUCUACUAUCUACAGCAUGUAGAUAGCAAAACGGUGUCAGAGACAUUAUUCACUAAGAAAAACAUUAAUGCUUUUUAUGAGCUUGAGGGUGAUGGUGUGUUGCUAUUUGGAGAUUCUUCCAAAGAUCUUUUAGAAGCAGAAAGGCAAAUAAAGACAAGCUUGGAAUAUAAGUGCAUCAGCGUGGAGGAUGGUGAGGUCACUAAAAAGGAGCAGUGGAGGAGUCUUCUUGCUUCCUUGAGUAAGGAGUACAAUUCUUCUGAGGAAAGUGUAGUCAUUGAUGAACCUGUUGAAAAAGAAAAUGAAGUGGUCAUUGCUGGCUUUUCCAAGGCUGUAACAGAAGUUUAUCAGAAACUUACUGAUUUUAUAGAUAGAAACACACACAUGGAAGAGGUAAUCCCAGCAAAGUCAGUGGUGGUAGUGCAGUUUGUAGAGGAGGAGAAGUCCAAUAUUUGUCUUGAACUGAGGAAGAAAGGGGUGUCAGUUUCUUUUGACACCAAGAAACCAAGUAUUUCUCUAAGAGGACCAAAAGCAGAAGUGUCAAAAGCAGUCACCACAUUCAAAGAAAUUCUCUCAUCUCUCUACUCAAGAGAUGUGCCAAUAGAUAAACCCGGAGCCAAAGAGUUCUUCACUGAGAGGAAAGAUUUAUGGAUUUUUGAGGCAAAGCAGCGAUUUAGCUGUUUGAUUAGGCUGGAGGAAGAAGAAGAAGAUAAAGAACAAAACCAAGAGAAUGAUGAAAAAGUUAUUGAUAAAAGAAAGCUCUACUACAAGGAAAUGCUGCCAGAAGGAGUUGUAGUAGCAGUGUAUAAAGGUAAUCUGUGUAAUUACCCUGCUGAUGUUGUGGUAAAUCCAGCUAAUGAAGACUUAAAACACACUGGGGGCUUUGCUGAUGCACUGUUUAAAGCAGCUGGUCCACAGCUGCAGCGGGACUGUGAUGAGCUAUUGAGGAAGAAUGGGAAUCUGCACCCUGGGUGUGCAGUUAUCACAAGGGCUGGGAAACUCCCCUGCAAGAACAUCAUCCACGCUGUUGGGCCCAGGUGGAGGCAGGAUGAAGCAGAACAGUGUGUGUGCUUGUUGAAAAAGACAGUGAAAAAAAGUCUACAGCUAGCUGGAAUUUACGAUCAUCAUUCUAUAGCUCUGCCUGCUAUAAGCGGAGGAACUUUUGGCUUCCCACUUCAGACCUAUGGAGAUUCAGUUGUAUCCUCCAUCCAGGAGACCUUGGAAAAAUCUGUAGGGGACAGCACCUUGAAGGAGGUUCAUCUUGUGGGUGAUGAGGAAGAAAUGGUCCGGGUUCUGAGUGAGACAGUAAAAAAUGUGUUUGCAUCUUCCCAAACACUGCUGAUGAGAGAAGGCCAGAAGGAGGAGAGAAAAGAUCUGCAGAUGGUCACAACAGAUGAAGGACUUUGCAUCUGUGUAGAGGAGAAAAACAUUCAGGAAGCCACGACAGAUGUUAUUGUCAACAGUGUUGGCACAGAUCUGAAGUUUGGUGUGGGGCCGCUUUGCAGAGCCUUACUAGAAAAGGCUGGACCAGAGCUCAAAGAUGAGUUUGACAAAGAAGCAGAACAUCUGUCUGAUUGUGAAUGGAGUGUGCUCUGCACCCAUGGUUAUGCUUUGGCCUGCAAGUUCGUGCUUCAUGCCAUACUUCCUGCGUGGGAUGGAGAAAAAGGACAGAACACGAAGACACUAGAAAAUAUCAUCAAGUGCUGCUUGAAGGAAACUGAAAAUCUUGAACUGAAAUCAAUUGCUUUCCCAGCUAUUGGAACUGGAGGAUUUGGAUUUCCUAAAGCUGUUGUUUCCAAGUUGAUGUUUGAUGCGGUAUUCAAGUUCAGUAGUAGUCGCACUCUGAAGACUCUCCAGGAAGUUCAUUUUCUCUUGGACCCAAAAGAUCAGGAUAACGUUCAGGUUUUUACCACUGAACUAGAACGUAGACUAGCUGAAAGUCACCAUGCUGAAGCACCACGGUCAACUGUCAUUAGUCCUGUUUCAACUGACGAAUUGGGAGUUCAUGAAAUGCAGAUUGGUUCCAUUACACUGCAAGUAACUAGUGGAGAUAUUACCAAGGAAGACACAGAGGUUAUUGUGAGUGUAUCAAAUCCAACAUUUGAUGCCACAUCAGGAGUUUUCAAAGCAAUUAUGGAUGCUGCUGGUUCUGAAGUAGAAGAUGAAUGUGAUCAGUAUGUUCACUAUGGUAUUGGCUUUAUUACUACAAGAAGUGGAAACUUGUUGUGCAGUAAAAUCAUCCACUUGGUUCACAACAGGAACGUGAAGAGUCAGGUCUCCAAAGUGCUUAAUGAGUGUGAGCUAAGAAUGUACAGAUCUGUUGCCUUCCCAGCAAUUGGAACAGGUAAAGCAGGACAGAGCCCAUCAAAAGUAGCUGAUGACAUGUUGGAUGCUAUAGUGGAAUUUGCAAGGAGAAGCUCAGUACAGCAUUUGAAAAAAAUUAAAAUCGUCGUCUUCAAAACAAACAUGCUUAGAGACUUUUAUGAAAGCAUGAAGAAAAGGGAAAACUCAGAUUUAUAUGCAAAUAUGUCAUUGAUAUCUCUGGUUAAAGCAUUAAUAUGGGACAAAUCCCAAGCCACCAAGAAGAUUUUGGAGAAGAAGGUUGAUUUAGCCACAUUUCAGAUUUGUGGAGAAAGCCAAGAAAAUGUGGAUGCAGCUGAAUCCUGGCUAGAGAAUCUAAUUUUAAAUGAACAGUUUGAAAACAUUAUUUCAGAUGAGGUAAUUGCAAAUUUUGAUGACAGUGAGAUAGAUAUUUUGACAGAUCUCCAGAGAAGAAAGCAUGUUACCAUUGAGCUUGAAAAUAAACAUUCCUCUCCUUGCAUCAAAAUUUCUGGUAUUAGCAGGGAUGUCUAUUUUGUUUCUGUGGAAGUUCAGAAACUGGUCAAAAAAAUUAAGGAUACUGAAGAAGAACGAUCCAAGGCAGAACUGGUUUAUAACCUGGUAGAGUGGAGGUAUUCAGCAAGCAACGGCACUUUUGUUGCUUUUGAUAAGCUGACAAAUAUGCAGCUAGAGGACGCCAGACUAGCUAAAGAAAAACAUCUUACUGUCAAAAUUAACAAGAAGAAGUACAAAGUCGAUCUGAAUACUCUACGGGCUAAAGAUCACGAAGGAAAGUCUGUAAUCUUUCAGCGUGUGCCAAAGAACGAAGCUCGGCAGUCAAUAACACUCCCGCAGCACUGGAAUGACAUGCAAAAUGAAUGGGUCAGACUGGUGAAUCUCCAGCCAUCCCAUCAGGAGUACCUGGAUGUUGAGAAGAAAUUUAAGAAAACCUGUCCCAGCUUUUUCAUAAAGAAGAUUGAAAGAAUACAAAAUCCCUUCCUCUGGCAGACAUACCAAAUUAAAAAAAUAUCUCUCUGUAAGAAGAACAAAAAUCAAAAUAAUGAGAAGUUGCUAUUUCAUGGGACACCUUCAUCCUCACUGAGCAUGAUCAACUACAAUGGAUUUAAUCGUGGGUUUGCUGGAAAAAAUGGUGCAGCCAUUGGAAAUGGAACCUACUUUGCUGUUGAUGCAAGUUACUCUGCUCAGGACAGUUGGUCCACACCAGAUGUGGAAGGCAGAAGAUACAUGUACUUGGCUCGAGUCCUCACAGGGAAGUACUGUGCGGGGAGCAGAGGACUAAUCACUCCACCACCAAAACACUCAUCAGAUCCUACUGACCUGUAUGACAGUGUGGUUGAUAAGGUGAAUAAUCCAACAAUGUUUGUCAUAUUUAAUGACAUUCAGGCCUAUCCUGAAUACCUCAUUACUUUCCAAAAAUAGAGUAUUCUUAGUAGCCUGGAAACUUCUAGUGCCUUUCACAUGUGGGAAUUAACAGGGCCAUUCUUG